AUGGCUCAAGCGUCCAAAUGCAUACCGCAGGAGGAAGACCCCUGUUCCAACAAACCUCGCUUCAUCCGCCACGACCUCAACGAGAAGUUGGAGUCCUUCUUUCUGGAGAUGGUCUAUCGCGCCUGUGCCGUGUAUGAGGAUCCGGUCGAACUCUGCACCGCCAUAAAACAGUGUCUGGACAAGAAAUUCGGUCCGAUGUGGCAUGUCAUUGUAGGACAAACCUUCGGCAGGUUAGUUUUUCGCUUUUGCGCCAUGUCCAUGCAUCGGUUCUCGAUGACGUUCUGGCACGGAAAUAGCCGUCUGGUGUGGUUAAUAUCUGUCACUAGGGCUGAGGUGGGUUGAGACCGGGUGAGCUGAGGAAAACCAAGGUUAGGCGUUUUUCGCUUCACAUUUUGAUCGGGCAUUCAAAACCAAACGAUUGUAGUUAUCGGUCUUUUUAUUACAGACUAGCAAUUAUAGCAGGUUUCCGAAAAGUCGAGACAGAAGCCGCGAAUUUAUCUACUGCACCUGACCACUGAGAACUAAAACACUGUACUUCCUGUAGUUACAGGAAGCGGAUUGUCUUAUUGCAAGUGUACAGGAAUAAUAUAAUCUUGAGUUUCAGCGAAAAGGUUGCCGACGGGAAGGUAACUCAUAAUCUGGGGUCAGACAUUCCGUACAGCAGAUGACAGCUAAGAUCCUCAGUGUCAGUUUCUGUUUUUGUCUUGACGAAUGAGGCGGUGCUAGGUGUAUGUAUAUAUGAUGAAUAGUUGAGGUAGUGUGCAUUCCGAGAUAACAUGAUGAAGAGAGAAGGCUCAUCGGAAAAAUCGAGUUAUAUAUAUAUAUAUGUCAAUAAACAUAAGCUAUCAUUCAGAUGUCCAUCCAUCCAAGGAAGUCAGUUGGUAAACGUAUUUUUCACUAUCGAACGACAUGCAGUGCAGGACGAGUUAGUGAUGACGGUGACUCCAACGCGGCGUGGAAUAGUGAUAAAUUUGACCAAUGUACGCAACCGACCCUUCAGAUUUAUAACGGAGGAGCCGAUGCCUACUUCAUCAGAACCGACGUUAAACUUAUUGGCUUCACUGUAGCCGCAGAAUUUAUCACUUAUUAUACUCAUAAUGCUGAGAUAAAAAAGAAAGUUCUGUUUACCAACGACAUUGCUCCAGCCGCAUAUCUUAAAAGAUGCAGAAAACGGUCUCCAAUGCCGGAGACAAAAUAUUUCAUGCAGUGAAGGCAAACACAAACAUUAGCCUAUUUUCUAACUGACGAAAAGCCAUCAAUAGUUGUGUUAGACAGAUCAGCGUACAUCAGCAAGUCAGGACAUUUCUAGAAGUUAAACACAACCCCUUUCUUUGCGAAUAUAACAAAACAUUGGACUUGGCAGACAAUUUCUAAAAUAUCCGAAAGCAAGGGCAGUAACGUGGAUCGACUUAAAAAAACAUUUUUUGCUUUCCCGAUGAUUUAUAAUUUGAUUUGGUUCUCUGAGAAGAACACGAGUCUUCGGCCUGGUCACUUGGGUGCUUUAACGCCCUUAAGUUUCCGAAUUGGGGCUUCAAGACCGGAAGUCGUUCCAUUUACCAAUGACGAGAUAAUAUUGUAUUUCAAGAUAAAGGAACUUUCCACAUUAUUUUGGGCCUAAAUCCACGCAUGUCCCCCUAGAGAUGAACGUCACAAUAAAGCUGCUAAGAAAACCCCAGUUAAGGAGGCCUGAUGGAGCCACUUUAAGACCUACUCCAAAUUUCACAGAGCUACAUACGAACCGCGUGGGUCGCCAGUGUCCAGACACAACUCGGACGUUGAAUGAAUAUGAUGGUUCUGAACUUCACUGACCGAAGUUGUGGGCACGGUGGGGAAAUGACGCAUAUUUUCUUAGUAAGUGAUUUUGACUAAUACUUCGGCAUGUGUAUGUAACCUGUCGGCUAUCUGAGGUCAAUUUUCCGGCAACUUCAGUUAGUAUCGCUGGUCUCUGUCGCGAGAUAUGACCAUUUGCCGAUGAAUCGAGGUGAAACCUCAAAAUGACAGUCUGUCCUUAUUCCGCUCAUAUUUCCCAUUUUCACGGCCAGCACCCCGUUUUAUGCAAACGGAGGCGCUGAAUAAUCUGAUGGGUGGUCAACGACUAAUAGCAUUCAGCUUAUCUUCCCCCGGAAUUAACCAGAGGACGUAGUUAAAUCUCCCGUGCUUCUGCCUCAUACCUUAAAUUGCCAAUGUGUCCUCAGAAUGCUCUAGAUUCAUGAGCGAACUUGGGAUGUGGUGCCCUACAGCCUACCAUAACUCGGUGCCCACCCCUCUCACGCAUCAGCUGUCUGUUUGUCGUUGCCUGUCUUGUCGCGCAAGCCGAUCUAGUCUGCCGAUUUCAUUUUCCCCUCUGUUCAUUUCGUCUGACGACGGGUCGGUAUCACUGACUUGUAAAUUUACGAGUAAAACUCGAUUUUCCGAUGAGCCCUCUCUUUUUCAUAUGUAUAUAUACAAUGACUUGGCCGACUUCGGCCUAGUAAUUGGUAGCCUGUUCGUAAUCUUUGCCACCCAUACGGGGCUUGUUUGCUUCGCGAAGCCAAUAGAUCGAUGUGCGCAAAUUUCUGAUUGAAUAUAUAUAUGUCAAGUGAAACAGCUGUGUGCGUCUGGCCUGUUGCACUCUUAGCGUGUUGCCUAUAUAUGUAUGUAUGUAUGUAUGUAUGUAUGUAUGUAUGUAUGUAUGUAUGUAUGUAUGUAUGUAUGUAUUACGCUCAUAGCCCCCUGAAUAAAAUAAAUAAGGAGUGGCAAACUGGCAGAACUAAUGCAUCUGACCAAGCCGUAAACCCCGAAAAACUUUGCAAGUUGAAAACUGCGUGGUCUACUGGGAUACGUGACGAAUUAUGAAGGAAGCAGGAGAUUAAAUGCUGAGGGAAAAAUGUACACUAUUUGAUAGCUAAGCGGCGUCCCUACAAAUUCUACGUGUGCCAUUUUUUAACUUCCUUUAGGCUUUUUUCCGGUUUAUGGCUCACAUUUUGUUCUUUUGUUUUUUAGCCACUUCGAACAUGACCCAAACAGCUUUGCCUACAUCCAACACAAGGGACUGUCCUUCCUCAUGUUCAAGUUUGGCUAA